CCACCAGCUUGUGCUGCUUGGUCCAUGCGGCAUUGCUAGACUGACCAGAUGUGUGCGCCAUGGAUCAGUCAUGACGCAGAGCGACAAAGAUCGCUUCGACUUUCUGGCGGCCGGCAGCAAGCCGAAUCAGACGUGGUCUGGUCGUGCUGCCAAAAGCAAGGCAGCGUCUAAAGGCAAGGAGCGAUGGAACCUUUUGCGUGGGAACGUCCAGUCCAUGGUCGUGCAGGCGCAGGCUGUGGAGGCCUUCUCACCGCCUGCCGACCGCGUGCGGCUACAAGCCUUCUCUGCGGCCCUGCGCAAGGCGGCUCGCCCAGAGAAGCCGGAGACGCCCAAGGCCUCCACCAUAGAUGAGCUGCCUCCCGAGCCAGCACCAGAGCCCGAGUUGGAGGAAGCUCGCUGUGACAAGAGGGCAUCGCGGACACAAGGAGAAGGCGCUGCGGAGCAAGGUGCCGACUUUUCAGAUUGGUCCUCGGAAGUGAGCGCCAAUUGUGCUCCAGACAUCAGCCAGGCUGUGAAGGCCGCAGGCGGUGCGCAGAAGGCUUCUGAGGCCGGGAAGCUACAGAUUCCGCGGCCGAAGAGUGACAGGGCCGCGAGGCUGCGCCUCAGUCAGAGGAGGGGAGGAGGUUUGCAAGUCCAAGACACGCUUCAAGUGGUUGAUGGAGCUGUUCAGCCAGCGCCUUUGAGCACUGAGCAAGCCGCGAGCACCGACAUGAUGGCGAGCAUGAUGACCAGCUUUUCCAAUUUGACUAGCUUCAAAUUCACAAAUGACAGCGAUGAUGAAGUGCACAAUGCGUGGGGAGAAAGCGACACCGAAGCCAACUUCAUGGAGCGUGGGCAAGAGUUGCAGGAAGCUCGAGGCUUGGUGAUCCCGGCACAAGCUCAACCUGCAGGGCGGUUGCGACUGGCAAAACGGAAGCAGCGGGACAAGCAGAAAGGCAAAGAGAGUCCGGAUGAGCCUGUAUCAAAAGUUGGAGACAACCCGCAGGCAAGCAGCAGCCAGAUGGGAGCUACAAGCAGCGAGCAGGGAGCUACAGCCACUGAUAUGAUGACUUCCAUGUUUAACAGCUUUGCCAACAUCAACAUCAACAUUACUGGUGUUGUGCAGGAAGAGGAGGAAGAGCACAACGCCUGGGGCGAUGAUGGCACGGAUGAACUUCUGGGAGAGCGCGCGCGAGAGUUGCAAGAGGCACGUGGCAUUGUAGUUCCUAUGCUGCAAGCAAAGCCUGCCGGGCGAGAGCGCUUUGCAAAACGAAAGAAUCGCGGAAAGGGCACGGACCAAGACACGCUUCAAGUGGUUGAUGGAGCUGUUCAGCAAGCGCCAGUGAGCACUGAGCAAGCCGCGAGCACCGACAUGAUGGCGAGCAUGAUGACCAGCUUUUCCAAUUUGACUAGCUUCAAAUUCGCAAAUGACAGCGAUGAUGAAGUGCACAAUGCAUGGGGAGAAAGCGACACCGAAGCCAACUUCAUGGAGCGUGGGCAAGAGUUGCAGGAAGCUCGAGGCUUGGUGAUCCCGGCACAAGCUCAACCUGCAGGGCGGUUGCGACUGGCAAAACGGAAGCAGCGGGACAAGCAGAAAGGCAAAGAGAGUCCGGAUGAGCCUGUAUCAAAAGUUGGAGACAACCCGCAGGCAAGCAGCAGCCAGAUGGGAGCUACAAGCAGCGAGCAGGGAGCUACAGCCACUGAUAUGAUGACUUCCAUGUUUAACAGCUUUGCCAACAUCAACAUCAACAUUACUGGUGUUGUGCAGGAAGAGGAGGAAGAGCACAACGCCUGGGGCGAUGAUGGCACGGAUGAACUUCUGGGAGAGCGCGCGCGAGAGUUGCAAGAGGCACGUGGCAUUGUAGUUCCUAUGCUGCAAGCAAAGCCUGCCGGGCGGGAGCGCUUUGCAAAACGAAAGAAUCGCGGAAAGGGGCCCAAUCUUGAAGUGCCGACCGAGCCCAUGUCCCGCGAUUCUGGCUCUGCCAAGUCAUCUUCACCAUGUGCGCUGGCCUUUGCAGAGGACUCCCAACGAGAACGGCUUGCGCGGCGGAAGCAGAAGUCACAGCGAGGCGCGCGCAGUGAAGCUGCCUCGCCAUCGCUGUUCGCGGCAGCUGCCACAAGCCUUGUGCAAUUUCAACAGCUUUUCAAUUUGACCCAAUCGCGGAAUUCAGAAGACGAGGACGAGUGCUUCAGUAUCUGGGGACCAGACGACACGCCUGCACAUUACGAGGAGCGGUUGCUGGCGUUGGAGAAGGCUCGCAGUGAGCAAGCUGCUGCGCGAGUUCCGCACCAUCACGCUGCUCGCGCCAAGAGGAAGCCGGAGGUGAAGGCAGGCACACAAGUGGUCCCCAAAGUUGAUGACGCGAAGCAGGAAGAAGAUCCUUUCCUUCUAGCCCACGAGUCGAGCCAAAGAGCUGCUUCCUUCCUGGGCUGACAAGUUGCACGUGAAAUUGGCGCCGUGUUCUCGCGGGUGUGUCCCAACGGAUCCCUCCGAAUGGC